UCGAUACACAAAUGCAGUGAAAACUUAACAAAAAAAAACAAUGUGAAAUUAUUGUUUCACUAUCGUAAUAAUGAAAACAGUCACAAUAUAAUUCUGUUUAACAUCGGCGAGAUGUUUACCAAAAAAUCACAUCAAGAUGUUAAGAAAUCUACAGUUAAAAUACAGGAUUCUAAAAAGGAUUCCACUACCAGGCUAAAACAUUUAAAGAUUGUUUUAGAACAUUUUGAUACAGAUGAAGCCAAAAACUAUUUUGAAAACAACUUCAGCCACGUUUAUUUUAUAUUAUAUGACAAUUUCAUAUUAGCAGAAAAUAACCUACGACAAAGGGAACUUCCGUUUCACCUAGUCCAUAAAGCUGGCAGGGAAGAGUUGGAAGGGGCUUUGUCACUUCUAGAAAAAGUAUUAUGUCUUCUACCAGAGCUGAUUGGCAAAAGAUGGCAGUUGCAUUCUUUGACGCGAAUAUUCUCGAAACUUCUGCACAGUGGCAAUUCACAAAAGCUAAGAGCAGAUUCGAUAAAAUACUUCCUUUUAUGGUAUCAAGCUCUCGGCGACAACGCUCCGCCCGAAGUAAACAAAAUGUUUGCCUCUUUAGUACCGGGAUUACCUGACACUUGUAUACCGACGAUCGGCUCUCCUUUUAAAGCGAAACCAUUUGAUGUAGUAACUAACAUAUCGAGUGAAUCUGGGGAUUUCAAGUUGGAAGAUAUCAUGCAACAUCCAAACUUCAAUAUAGAUAAUGCAAAAAAAGUUGUAGUUGAACAAACUCCUACGGGAAUAAUAGGGAAGUUGGCGAACGUGUCAGCUUCCAUAUUCCACGAUACUAAUGCUCUUAACCCAGUGCAAAGUGUCGAUAUACAGCCUUUAUUGCCACCGAGUGCCAACGAGAGGCCAGUAGACAAUGAGACUAAGUUUUUUUUUGAGAUACUCCUAGAUGGUAUGGCGACUACGGUGACGAAAAUCCAAUGGAAAGACCGUUCACACGCGAAAGCUAUGAGGAGUUUUGCGUUUUUAUUGGAGAAAUUUAAAAUGUACUAUUUACCAAUAAUAUGCCCACAGUUCAACUACAAAAAUUCACUGUACAAGCCCAAUCUUGAGCUGCCAGUUCAACACAACAUAUUAGAGGAUGACUUUGUACUGUGCCGCGUAACUUUGAUAAAGUGGGUGACGAAUUACGUGCAUUUCAUGAAAAAACCUGGCAGCGAAGGUGGUCAGCCAUCUUCUAUGACCAGUACUGGAUCUCAGUUUCCACACUCUGGCACUCCUACUCCUGCCCAAUCAUUGCAUCACGAGGAAGAGACAUCAUUUACAGUGGGUCAUCCGUCGGAUUCAAGCCGGGCCUCGUCCCACGAUUCAACAUCUAUUACGCCUCAUCCUAGUUUGGAAUCAGCAGGCUCAGGUAUGUACGAGGAACUGAGUUCGGAGCAAGUCGUGCGCGAUGUACUCUGUUGCUGGUCUCGAGAGCACGUGGAUUUUACAGUGGAAGUGUUGCGUCAAGCAUUCCUUUUGCCUUUCUCACAUGCGGCUGCCAUACGCCGCGUUAUAGCGCUUUACAAAGAUUGGAUACAAAUGAAUGUUGCCGAAAUCCCGCCUUUCUUAAUGGAGAGUAUAUACGAGCAGCAACUAGCUCAGGGUAGUGGUGAGCCGCUAGCGCCUCCGCGGCGUCUUCGCAACGACUCAUACCUGGGUGCGAUUGGACGGGACAACGUUAUGGUACGAGCGGGGAUGCAGAAUGUGCUACAAAUAUUCAUGACGCAAGCGGCUAACGUCUUUGUAGCCAGCGCGUCGCCAGUCGCCCCCCCGGGAGGUUUGGGUUCCCCGCAGCUGUUGGAUGAGCAGACAGACACAUGCAAGCGCGUGCUUAACAUCUACAGAUACAUGGUCAUGCACGUCGCUAUGGACGCUGGCUCUUGGGAACAAUUACUCUUGGUACUAUUGCAAAUAACAUCUUUGGUCCUGACGAAAGUACCGCCGAAAAGGAAACAAGACACCCUAGGUGGUUUUCUAGCUCCGGCGUUAUUUCAAACACUUAUUGUGACGUGGAUAAAGGCAAAUCUAAAUGUGGCAGUUAAACCAGAACUAUGGCAGAACUUUAUGGAACUACUAACACGACUUACGCAUUGGGAAGAUUUGAUAAAGGAGUGGGCGAAAACAAUGGAAACUCUAACUCGCGUUUUGGCAAGGCACGUCUACUCGCUAGAGCUGUCGGAGACCAACUCAGCGCCUGAAGGUCGCGGCAGAGGACGGAGGCCAGCGCCCGCACCGAUACACCCGCGACCAAUGCCUCUACGAAGACCGACACUCGCGACUAGCGAUGCUAGGACACCUGGCAAAUCUCCACGCACCAGUCACGAGUCUCACCCGCGCAAGGAAGCGGCCCUCCGGAGGCCUUUGGCGAGGUGUCGCAGUGACCCGCACCUACCAAGGCAUGCACAAGUUCAGGCGCAAAACUCUGCAGACGAUACCAAAGAACCAGUGAGCAAUAAAGCAAGGCGGUGGUAUUCCCUGGACUCGUUGAGACAGUCGUCGCAACAAGAAGAAAGAGAUUCAGCUAGUGGAUCUCGAUCGCCAUCACCGGCUCCAUCUAGCGGUGUUGAGAGUAGCUCUAUAAAAGAUUCCCCACUGCAAAUAGACCUGGCAUCGGAUGGAGGGAAUGUUGAAUGGUCAGAGACGGACGCGGGCGGGGGAGUGGUAGGCAUAGCAGGCGUAGGGGGUGUCGGUGCUGGGGUGGGGGUGGUCUUGGGUGGUGCGGCUCGCGGGUGGUUGCCCGACGUCGCUUGCGUGCUGUGGCGACGCAUGCUUGCCGCGCUCGGGGACCCCAACGCCUUGCGGGACCCGCACGCACACCACCACCUGUUUAACUACCUCGUGCAUCUCAACGCGACGUUGCUGAAGAUAAGUGCGAACCAAACGCUCAAUGGAAACACGGAAAUACAUGUGCCCUUCAACCUUGUGGCCGGCUGGUGUCUUGAAGCCGAGGCUCUGCCGCCGUCACACAGAGCGGGGAAGUUGGUGGCGCUGCGGUUGUUAUGCGAGGCGACAGCUGCGCAAGCGCAAGGGCCGGGUGCGCCGUCCGCCUGCAACGGACGGCCGCAUCUCGCGCAUUUGCAACUCUACCAGCGAGCGUUGCACCACGGGUUAACCGGCGAGGAUCGGUCGGUUGUGGACGUCCUAGUGGAGCACGCGGCGCCGCGGUAUCUGUCACUCGCACUGGAGGGCUAUUCACUGCUCCUACUCGAUUUCGUGCACGCCUCCACCGUUGUACUAAAUUCCUCCGACUGCGGACCUUCGUGUCCGCGAACAGCGGCCGUGACGUUUCUGGGUUCACUGCUGGCUUUACCCGACGGGCUGAUGAACGCUCCUAUGUUGCAGCCGUAUCCACACCAAUACAACACAGUGUCUUGUCCAGAUUUAAAGGAGCACGUGCUCAACAUCGUGGUGCGAGUGUGCCGGCGCGAGGGCGCGGCUGCGGCGCGAUGUGCGGGCGCGUGCGCGCUGGCGGCGCACUGCUGCCACCUGCUGGCCAGCCGCACCGCGUGCCCGCGCCUGCCGUCCUACGUCACGUGCCUGCUGCAGAUGCUGAUGAUGAAAAAUAAAAUGAUUGCCAAAGUUGUAAGCGACACCAUCCUCGUCUUGGCUGACUAUACGGAUCGCAUCGUGGAAUUGUAUCCGGGUCUUGCUGAGAAAAUAAUAAAAUGGAUCUGUGCGUGCCUCGCUCAAAUAUCGAGCAGUAGCGGGCGGGACUCAGUGAAACCUUUGGCUGGCUCGCUAUUGCUGUGCCUCGCGGAAUUUGCUGUCAGGUGCGGUCCUGCUCGACUUAUGGAGGAGAAAGAUGGCGAACAGACCUUGCUGCUCGUGAUAUUUAGGGUCCUAUAUGCAGUGAUGAAAGGAACAAACGGAUCUGAUAUAGAAGGUCUUUCGUUACCCGUUGAUGAAGACUUCGAUCCGAACAUUCAACUGGACAAUUUAGCGCCGAAAACCACACCGGCAUCAACCAUUGACGUCAAACUUUGGGCCCAAACGAUAUGCUCGCAAUUGGUCCUCUACCUGGGCCACUGGCCGCUAUGGAGCGGUUGCCAGACUUCUUCCAGCGUAUGUGAGCAACAUGACACAGCCCUCGGAUCAGAGCUAGGUUCCGCUGUGCUGUCCGCGCCGCACGUACAACUGAUGCGUUUUAGUGACGCUACACUGGCCAGUCUUGUUGAACUGCCUGCUAUUCACCCACCCUGCGGUGGUACAACGCCAGGAUUGAUGACAUCGGACCGUCAAGUGCGAGUGUUACUACGCGACAUAUGCGGCAAGGCGUGUUGGGACGCGUCGGCGCUUUACUACGACCCCUCAGUGGCGUCCUCGGAAGCACUAGAACUACUUCCAUUACCUAAAAGUGUUGCCAGUCCGAGAGACAAUACGUUAUCUUCGCUUCCACCGCCGCUUCCUCCCGAUUUGUUACCGGACUACAAAAACUCACCGCCGGAUAAACAUCAGUUAGACCACGUAUUAGCUUACAUAGGUCACACAUCGCCCGAAGUAACGUGCGGCCGUCGCCUCGACGAAGUGGGAACUUCGCCACUGGCUACCGGUCUUGAGGAUGAACUGGUGUGCGCACUAGUGGCACACCGCAACUCCGAGCGACACUACCUUGCCAAUCGUGACAGUGAUGACGAGUCUGAAGGUUUUGAAAGCUGUUCCAUUGGCGAGCCAGGACCGUUUGAACAGAGUCGUCUGCUGGUGUCUCAACUGGGAACCCUAGGCGCCGCGAGGCGACCGCACGCACAAUUAUUGAGGCGAUCCGACCGCUUACUGAGGGAAUUAAGAAACCUAGAUGCGCAGAGAUGCCGAGAAACGCAUAAAGUUGCGGUGAUCUACGUGGGCAAGGGGCAAGAGACUCGCAACGAAAUCCUCUCCAACCGUUGCGGCAGCUCUGCUUACGAGGCGUUCUUAUCUGCUCUCGCUUGGGAGGUGGAACUAGAAAGCCACGUGGGCUUCACGGGCGGGCUGAGGGGAGGCGGCGGGGGUGGGGUUAGCGCGCCCUACAUCGCCACACUUACCCUGGAAGCACUGUUUCAUGUCGCCACACGGAUGCCUGCUGACACCCCCGAUGCUAUACUUAACAAGACCCGGCACCUCGGCAACGACGAAGUCCACGUGGUGUGGAGUGAGCACUGGCGGCCGUACAAGCGGGACACUCUGCCCACGCAGUUCUGCGACGUGCUCAUCGUUUUGUACCCCUUGCCCGGGGGGCUGCUCCGGUGCACCGUGUCGAGGAAACCUGACGUGGCGGUAUUUGGCCCGCUGUGGGAAGAAUGCGUCAUACGUGUGAGUUGUUGCGCCGCGCUAGUGAGGGGCGCGGCUUUUGCUGGCGGGCGUGCAGUUCGAGCCACCAUGCCGUUGUACCAGCACGCAUGCAGCGAACGAGCUAGAGACCUCGACGCACUGGUGCAUAAUCAUACGCAGCCGGCCACGUUCGAGACGUUCGUGACGCGCGUGCGCGAACCCGUCUCGCAUCCGCACCCGCAUCUCUCGCUCGAACAACACUCCACGGAUCAAACCACCGGUCGUCUAGCCAACGCACUCAUAGACCACGGCGCCAGCUCGUGGGCGGGCAUCGGGGAGACCCACUCUGUAUCGCCGCGGCCCACUAAACGACUGGGGCCGUUCAAGCGACCGCCGCAAACUUCCGCAACCCCGCAACCGGCCCCGCCCACCAGGCACAACCGGUGAGCUAGGCUCUAUAGAACUAGCACUAUAGAAUCGUGGAUAAUAUAUGAGUCGUGAACUCUUAAAUAUUUAUAUCAGUCUGUCUCGCUCGCACUUAUAUAGAACGCCAGAUCGACAUGCGCAAUGGUGCUGCUUAAGCAUUAUGCUAAAAUUAUAAACUAAAAUAAACAAAAACAUCAUUUAUUCGGCUAAAAUAAAAUAAUAAUACAUGACAGGAAUUCGGCAACAAAAAAUAUUUUUUUUUCUUUUCGAGCCCCGGAGGCCAUGCACCCAUUUUUUACAUCUAACGGUAACUACGUUAUGGGUAAGAGCAUAGAAUAUGUCCAACAGGUCAUUUCUAAAAAAUGGAGUUUAUUAAAGUUUUAUAACAGUUAUAUAAGCUAAGUUAUGGUGCAUUUGAAAUGGUACCAGUCAGGGGUGCGACAGUGAUUUUAAAAAACCACAUCCCUAAUUGGCCUACGCGGCAUCGUCCCGGAACGCUAAAUUGCUUAACUCCAUAAGAGAAGCGAGCGAGUUACUGACGCUGAUAUGAUAACAGCGGUACGAGAUGGAGGUUUUAGUUAGAUUUUGUUAAAAUCAAACCGUUCAAGCAUUAAACUCGUGAUUUAACACAACAGGAUCUCAAGUCUGCUGUUAAAAUUGUGUCUCAAAUAAAAAAAAAAUUUGAAACUCCUUAAUUCUAACUCAUUAAUCUGAAAGUGUCUUUCCUUCACUCUCUAACUAACACAACCAAUCAACUUAAUUUUUA